AGACGCGAGAUGACGUAAACGGACACGUACGGUACGUGCCUUGCGUUUCCAUCUUUUUGACUAUUUCUGUCUUUCCUGCUGCUGCCGGUGUUGUCUUCUGCGGUCGUCGUUUUUGGUCUGCUCUCUUCACGGCCGCCCUGCUCCUCAUCUCCCCCUCAGGGUGCGGACUCGCUCUACUCCGGUUCUUUUAUUAUCUCACUAUUUUCUCUUAAUAAACAUUUGCGACAGCUAAGACUGUACUUUCGUGGGCGCAAGCGAGGAAAAUAAUAAAAAAAGGAGCAUGACGACGACGGGCGGCGGAGAGUUCGGGAACCCGCUGAGGAAAUUCAAGCUGGUUUUCCUCGGCGAGCAGAGCGUGGGGAAGACUUCACUCAUCACCAGGUUUAUGUAUGACAGCUUUGACAACACGUAUCAGGCAACUAUUGGCAUAGACUUUCUCUCGAAAACCAUGUAUUUGGAAGAUCGUACGGUACGACUCCAGCUGUGGGACACAGCAGGACAGGAGCGCUUCCGCAGCCUCAUCCCCAGUUACAUUCGCGACUCCACCAUCGCUGUGGUGGUCUAUGACAUCACCAACCUCAACUCCUUCCAGCAAACCUCAAAAUGGAUUGAUGAUGUCAGGACAGAAAGAGGAAGUGAUGUUAUAAUCAUGUUAGUUGGAAACAAAACGGACUUGGCGGAUAAAAGGCAGAUCACCACAGAAGAGGGCGAGCAGAGAGCUAAGGAAUUGAAUGUCAUGUUCAUUGAGACCAGUGCAAAGACUGGCUACAAUGUGAAGCAGCUGUUCCGUCGAGUGGCCGCUGCCUUGCCUGGGAUGGAUAGCACUCCUGAGAAGAGCAAAGAGGACAUGAUUGACAUCAAGUUGGAAAAGCCACCAGAACAACCAGUAACAGAAAGCAGCUGUUCCUGCUAAGGCCAGCAGAUUGAGGUUUACCUGCAUAUCUCUGGCCACUUGCACGAACCACGUAAACUAUUGCAUUGGCUAGAGGACCUGUUUCUCUUUUACUCAGUGACUUUUUGGAGUAACAGUUUGGAUGUGCUAUUAUUCUAUAUUUAAAGACAAAUACAAAAAGGGAAAACUAAACCACAGGAUAAGUUGAAACAUUUGUUCAGGAUCUCAUUUAUUUCAGCUGCAUGGGGUACAUAGGAUUGCAGGUUGUGAGCUUCUCCAACCAUUUUGAGUUUUUAUCAUUUUUAUUGGAGCAAAUCUGUGCUGUCAUACUUGCCAUAACUAAAAUAUUAAGUAUAUGAAGUGUAAUGUUGGAUGAGGCCUGAGAUGUUCAGGGGGGUGUUGCUUUGUUUUUGAUUUUUUAUUUUUUUUUAAAGGGAAGUUGUGUCUAACAAAAUUAAACAAACCUUUAAUACUACUCUGUUCAAGUAAACAGGGACUCCCAAUUUUUCUGGUUAUCUCUGGAUCAGGCAAUCCAGAGUCCAUUUAGUACUUAAUGUAUCAAAAGGUAGUGUCUUGAAUUUGCUAAAUAAUGAGCUUGUACUGUAACAAUCAACAGCUGUUGAUUUUGUUUACUGCAUUCUGAAUUAUCAAUGCCCUACUCAAAUUCUGGUGUUUCUAGUUGCGUAAAUAUCUUAUUGUAUUAAGUUUUAAUGAACAGCCAAAGAGGGUAAACUCGGAUGGUGUUGAGUUGUAUGUAAAGUGGAUUGUGAAUUUCUUUUUUUUUUUUUUUUUUUUGCAUUUUCCUGCAUCCCUUUACAAGAGGGGAAAGGAGUUUUAACAAGAGAAUGUAUUACUAAAAAGCAGGGCGCAUCAUUGUGCAAGCCUUUACCAAGAGGGAAGGUUAACUCAUGAUUUCCUCCUUAAACUGUAAAUAGACAACAGUGCAUUAAAUGGUUUAAUCAGUCCAUUUGUUGAAAACAAAGGCCUGUGUUACUUGUGAAGACACAGGACCAUGUGGGUCUUAGGUUAUGUAACUAAAGGAACAUUAUUUCCAAAUGUGUUAGGUAUGUCCUCCUUUCUUUCCAUUAACAUAUUUUUGUUUAUAACAUUGUUGAAAACACAGUGAU